AUGGAGCGUUUCAUCGGAGGUAUUAGCAACAAAAUGCAUCGUAUGGUAAACAUGAGCGUGAGCGUUUUCUCUUUCAAUUCCAUUUAUAAUUGUUUACGAAUACUAACUCCGUCCGAGCGGCGCGCGACCGUACGUUUGCAAUCAGUUAGCUGCUUAGCAGAACGGGAUUUAUGCAGCGUUUUGCAUACAAAAGUUAGCCGUCAUGGUCCUUACAUCGGUCGAGAAAUUGCUGUCUUGCUCGAGCAGUUGCAAUUGCUCCAAACCGAACCAGCUUUCGUUUCAUCUGACACGCCGCGCCCUUUCAUUUCCUGCGCUACGUCGCCUCUUGGUGUAGCGCACACGGCGCUGUGUACAUUG